AGUUCGUUCAGUCGAACGAAAACGAUGUUUUGUUAACACUAAGCGCAUUACCGAGUCGUCCCCCUACGUGCUGCACACAAUCUCAGUGGAUUAUUAUUUAUUAAUUUUACUAAAGGGAUUUGUUUUGACGCCUGAUUGACUUUCAGACAGACGGCUGUCAAAUAUUUACCCCAAGUUACCUGGAGGAGGGUUUGGGAUGACAUUCCGGCCCGGAGAUUCUGGUGGAGUUACGAUUGUGAACGUUUGGGUGCCGUGUUUACGCUGGGGUUAGAAAUCACGCAGUGCCACUCAUAAUCGUGUUUGAGAAUUGAUUCAAGGGGAUUUUACAAAAUUUGUGUUGCUUGUCUGAAUUUGAGAUUUUACGGAUCUGAGUGCACUACAUUUUGUAAUGUCCAAAGCCAAGGGUUCCUUCUUCACUGUUGCCAACAAAAUCAAGAUGGGGAAGAAAAUAGAGAGGUCACUGAAAGGCGAGAAGAACCAGUCCGCUGUCAGUCAGGAUGACGAGGACCCAAAUAAAACACCAGAGCCCUACAGCUGUACCGGGAACUUCCAGGCAGAUUUUACCGAACUGUGUCGCAGGAACAGUAUGACGUCUAUUCCUCUUGUGGUUCACCGAGCACGACCUCCAACUCAGGCUGCACCAGAGAGCAGCAAACCGGAAAAAGGGAAAGACAAAGGCAAGAGUGCGGUUCCUGAACCGGAACCAGAGCCCGAGGUGGACCCUGAAGGUGAGAACGCAGAGCCUCCACCCAAAACAUACGUCGUCAAGGACAAGUUUGAAUUCUUCAGGCCGUCCGUCCAAGUAGAAAUGGAAAAUUACGACAAACCCGAAACUGUGACAGAAAUAUACAUUAGGGGUUGGAAGAUUGAUGAUGUGAUGAUGAACACACUAAAGCAGUGCUGGUCUGUGAUGGAAAAACUCCACACCAUCAAUUUAUGGAACACAGGUCUGACCAAAGAUACGGUCAGUAUCAUGGCCAGCACACUGCCCAGUAUAGUCAAUCUCAGAACAUUAAUCUUGGAUGGAAAUGUUGUAAAAGACGAGAACUGGCAUGAGCUGAUCACAGAUGAAAGUCCAGUACAGAACCUUUCUCUGAGACACUGUGGUAUGACAGACACCGGAGCCAAAGCCAUCGGGGAAGCCCUGGGGACAGUCAAACGAGCCAACACUAAACUGGUCUCCCUCAACCUGGCGGGGAACCAGAUUUCAGAUCAAGGUGUCAUAGACAUAGCAAAUGGUCUGCGAAUGAAUCGUACUCUAAUGUCCCUGUCUCUGGCCAGUAACCAGGUGGGAGAUAAAGGUGCUUCAAAGCUUGGAGAGGUGUUGUCCAGGUUCCCGUUGUCACACGAGGAGGUCGUGGAGAGGAGGAAACAGAAAUCGUCCAUGGGUUCACCGGACCGGAACAAAUCCCCUCCACCAAGUCGUCGUGCUGACUCCAAAGAUCGACCUGGCAGCGUGAGGAGUAGUUCACAGCACGACAAAACGGACAAAUCAAAACAGAAGCAGUCGGCCAAAACUAAGAAGGAUGCUGGUAAGGGGGGAAAGGAACCGCCUAAAGAAGAGGAGAAACAUGAUAAAUCCAAGGGGAAGAAGGACGACAAAGCGGCGGCCAAAAAAGAAUCCAAGAGCGGAAAAGCGGUAGAGGAGGAGUCGAGGAGAACUCAACACCGGGGUUCGAUAUCUAAAGACAAAGGUGGGAGUACGACUGGUCGCAGUUCAGGAGCUUACAUUAAACUAUACAAACUGCAAUCUUCUGAGAGACGUCUGCAAACAAAACCUUGUAGUUACAAUCCCACAAGUAACUCGUCCUUAGUGGCAGAUACAAAGAACGCUGCAAAAGGCAAAACGAAGGGAAAAGACAAAGGGAAACCAUCCCAAGCAGAACCCGAGGAGAUGGGUGACUCUUCCUUUAUAAAUCCACUGACAGACGAAGCAGAUUUCAUUGACGGUCAGCUGUGGGUGUCUGGAAAUCGACUCCUGAUUAACCUCAAUUUGUCACGAAACCAGAUUGGUGAACAGGGAAUGGCUGCCAUAUUGAAGGCCAUGCAGUAUCAGACAACAUUGUCUCUGGGAAGUAAGUCCGGAGGAACAGGGCUGAUGAGGAUCUGCGUGUUUAAAAAUAAGAUCUCAUCUGAUCAUGACAUCGUCAGGAAGAUCAACGAUAUCAUGCUACCUAAAGAUCCAUUCUACAAGCCCCCGCCCCAGACACCUGAGGCAGAGUCCACCACGUAACACCCGUCCACAAAAAGUGUCUGUUUCGCCUUAAACUCGGAGUGUGAACCCUCCUUAAAAUUUAGAAUGUCUUAAUUUAUACUUGUGUUCUGGAGGAUUCAAUAUAGUGCAUGUACUUUAUUUUAUUGGAAAUGCUUGGAUAUGUGCAGGUGUGUGUGUGUGUAAAGGGAGGGAAAGAGUUGGGGGAGGAGGGUCAAAGAAGAGAACCGUGUAAAGUGUGACAGAGUUAAAUGUAGUAUAUAAAUUUUGCCGUCCAUGAAUGAAAUCUGUGAUAAUGUUAUAUGUAUUUCUUAUAUGUUAAAUUUUGUAGAACUCUUUUGUCAUGAAUCGUUACUUCUGUAUGUUUACGAUUAGUAAACGAGUACUAACGUGA